AAAGUCAAAGUGCCGAAACCCAGCCGAGAUGUCAUUCACACGUUGCGCGGCCGCUCUUUUAGCCCGAUCAAUUCCGGUUUGGUUAUCGGUGACGAGGCAAUCUCUGCAGUGUACGGGAGUUAGGACCAGUGUUAGCAGUGUACAGUUCUGCAGAUUGACUUCCUCAUCAGCUUCGCAUCAACUUAAAACCAACACCAGUAUGUUCAUCGCGGAAGAGCGAGGAUCGGCCUAUUCGGCCGACUAUCGGGUCUAUUUCAAGGACGAGAGCGGGCCGAUCUCGCCGCUGCAUGACAUCCCGCUGUGGGCAGACCGCAGCAAGCGGCUGGUCAACAUGGUGGUGGAGGUCCCACGCUGGAGCAACGCCAAGAUGGAGAUCAGCCUCUCCGAGCCUCUCAACCCCAUCAAGCAGGAUGUGAAGAAGGGAGCACUGCGCUUCGUCAGCAACGUGUUCCCGCACCACGGCUACAUCUGGAACUACGGCGCGCUGCCGCAGACGUGGGAGAACCCGCGGCACGUGGACCCGGGCACGCAGGCGCGCGGGGACAACGACCCCGUCGACGUCAUCGAGGUCGGGCAGCGCGUGGCGGCGCGCGGCGACGUGUAUCCUGUGAAGAUCGUCGGCGCGCUGGCGCUCGUGGACGAGGGCGAGACCGACUGGAAGCUGAUCGCCAUCGACGCGCGCGACCCCAACGCCGCGGACGUGAACGACGUCGCGGACGUGGAGAAGCUGUUCCCGGGGCUGCUGCGGGCCACGGUCGAGUGGUUCCGCCUGUACAAGGUUCCCGACGGGAAACCCGUCAACCACUUCGCCUUUAAUGGCGAAGCCAAGGACAGGGAGUUUGCAUACAAAGUUGUAGACGAGGUGCACGAGUUCUGGCGCGCGCUGGUGAGCGGGGAGGUCACGGACGCCGCUGACAUUUGCAAGAGCAACGUGUCGCUGGAGUGGGCGCCGGGCCGCGUGGAGCGCGCGGAGGCGGCGGCGCUGCUGGCCGCCGCGCCGCCGCGCGCGCUGCCGCAGCGGCUGCCGCCCGCCGUGGACAAAUGGCACUUCAUCUCAAACAUUUAAUCCGGCGACCAGAAGAGAUGAGGCGCUGGCAGCCGCCAUCUCGUGAUCCAUCGUGAUGCGGCAGUUACCCACGGGACCUGCUAACUAUUUAUUUACUUGAACUCAUCACUCGUCUCGAUGAUAUUAGUUAAGUUUGAGAAUGAUAAGUGAGAAUUUAUUUAUGUAAGUGUAUAUAAACGUGUAUAAGAAUACACAUUUACAUUAUAAAA